CAUUACUUGACAGGGCUCGUUGCUAACCAGAAGCUUUCCCUGGUUACCCGCUCAGUAAGAACACCAGACAGAGAAACUACCGAGUUUCGAAUGGAUUUUAGGACUUGUUUCAGCGACACAGGGAGCAUUAAAGACGACCGACAUCUAAGAAAGAUUUAAAGAUGAAGCAAAUUGCAACAUCGUCUUUGCCAGAUCGAAGUGUCCUGAUGCUAAGAAGAAUCUGUUUGACGAUUGCAACAGUCCAAAAGAUUCCUUGAGAAACUGAGAUUUCACACAACAACCCCGCAUGACUAGGAUGUACAAUGACUACAGAUCAAGCCGAGUCAACGGACUCAACCCUCUGCCCUUUGAUGCAGCAACCAACAACGACCCUCUCCAGUUUAACGGCUCCAGCGGGCCUCUGAUGACUGAGUGUCCUCCUCUGGAAAACACUGCAGAAAACGGCAAGAAGAGGAAGAGAGCCAGCCUGCCUCCAGAAGGGAUCUGUAACAUGACGAUGGACUCCAACUCGAUGACAAUCCCCCUGUCAGACCCCAACGCCUGGGCUACAGCCAUGAACAACCUGGGGAUGCCUCCAAUGGGAAUAACCGGACAGCAACUCAUGCCAGAUUUUGAUCCUAACCUUGGUAUGAUGCCUGGAAUUACCCCCCUGAACCCCCUGAUGCCCGGCCUCGGUAUGGGGCCAGCUCCCCUCUCUCAGGAUUUCCCACUUGUGAAGGAGAUCAUCCACUGCAAGACCUGCACACUGUUCCCCGCCAACCCCAACCUUCCGCCUCCAGCCACGAGAGAUCGCCCUCCAGGGUGUAAGACGGUGUUUGUCGGCGGUCUGCCAGAAAACGCCACAGAGCAGCUCAUCGUGGAGAUCUUUGGACAGUGUGGAGACAUCACAGCCAUACGAAAAAGCAAGAAAAACUUCUGCCAUAUCAGAUUUGCUGAAGAGUUCACUGUGGACAAGGCUCUCUUUCUAUCAGGUUAUCGUAUCCGCUUGGGCUCCAGCACAGACAAAAAGGAUUCGGGUCGUCUCCACGUGGACUUCGCCCAGGCCAGAGACGACCUCUAUGAGUGGGAGUGUCGACAGCGCAUGUUUGCCAGAGAGGAGAGGCACCGACGAAAGAUGGAGGAGGAUCGACUCAGACCGCCGUCCCCUCCUCCCAUCGUCCACUACUCGGAGCACGAGUGCAGCCAGCUGGGAGACAAGAUCAAAGAGGACGGUAAGUUUCCUGAAGCUGUGCGUGUUCUCCACUGGUUGGAACGAGGGGAAGUCAACCGCAGGAAUGCCAACAACUUCUAUUCGAUGAUCCAGUCGUCCAACGGCCACAUCCGCCGGCUGAGCAGCGAGAAGAGUCAGCACGAGAAGGAGAUGGAGGAGGCCAAAGACAAAUUCAAGACCGCUCUGUCUGGCAUACUGGGUCAAUUUGAACAGAUUGUGUCUGUAUUCCAAGCUGCUUCCAAACAAAAGGCAUGGGACCAUUUCUCCAAAGCUCAGCGCAAGAACCUGGACAUGUGGCGAAAACAAGUAGAGGAGAUCAGAAACAUGCACAACGAGCAGCUGAUGGGCAUCAGGCGAGAGGAGGAGAUGGAGAUGUCGGACGACGACAUGGAGGACAUGGCUGACAGCAAAGACUCAAUGGACUCAGGAGUUUCUCAAGCUGAAGCCUUAAAGGAGGAGAACGACUCCCUUCGCUGUCAGCUGGACGCCUACAGGAACGAGGUGGAGCUGCUCAAACAGGAACAGGGCAAGAAUCAACCAAUGAGGAGUGAGGAGGACAGCACACACGCUCAGCAGCUCAGCUUCCUGCAGCAGGCUCUGCAGGGCAUGCAGAAGCAACUGUUAAAAAUGAGAGAAGAAAUGAAACAGCGAGACGCGGAGCUGGAGAAGAGUUUGGAGGACAAACAGCAGCUGAAGAACCAAGUCCAGACCCUGAAGGAGGGACUGCAGAACCUGCAAAACACACACGCAGCGCAGCUGGAGAUGUCGAAGCAGGACGACAGAGGCAGUGAGGAGAAUCAAGCCAGUGAAGCCACAGUCUCUGCGGUGGUGAGCUGCAGUCAGGAGAAAGAAGGUCCAACAGAGAAGACUCCAUCGAGUCCUGUCCACUCUGAAAGAGAAGCUCUGCUAGUCGGGAUCAUCUCCACGUUCCUGCACGUCCAUCCGUUUGGAGCCAGCAUCGAGUACAUCUGUUCCUACCUGCAGCGUUUGGACACAAAGAUAAACACCAGUGAGGUGGAGGCUCUUCUCUCUCGGCUGCCUUGCACCUUCAUACAGGAGCUGAGUGGAGUCGGAGCCAGUCUGGAGAAAAGAUGGAAAUUCUGCGGCUUCCAGGGCAUCAAGAGCACAUAGAGUCUGCUGGCUACACUUCCAAGAUGUGGAGGAGAAGACAGGAAGACGAGGCUCAACAUAAGGAACACUGUGGAGAUGUGAAGGACAGAGUAUGAAGCCCACAAAUAUCAGAGACUGUGGACUCUACCUGACUGUUCAAGGACACAGAAGACUGAGCAGAGAGGAUGUUACAUGAGUAUUUUUCAGGGACCCUGAGCAGGUGGCAGAGACUGAAAGACGCAGCAUUCCCAUGGUUACUGGAAUAAUGUCACACAAUCAUGAAGACAGAGGCUUCUUGAGCAUGGACUCUCACUGAGCUUCUCAAUGCCUGCAAAAUAUUUCUUGACCUAAAGACUUAAAGAGUCACAGAAGUGCACCGACUCCUUCAGUCACUGGAUUAUAAUGUUGUACUUUUCAAGCCUACAGUCGGCUCUGUAUGGUGUCAGUGUGAGCCAGGACCACAAGGCUAACUGAAGGAGGCUAAUCAGGGUUUAACUGAACACUUAAAACUCUUCGGCAAACUCUCUUAUCUGUUUUGCUGUCUGGUUUGUAACAUAGAUCAAAAAUGGAUAUAUUUCUUCAUUUUCUGUAAAGGCUGUUAACAGUUGCAUAGAAUCAUUUCUUGUAAUACACUGUAAAAUCUUGGUUAAUAUUUUUGAUGAUAAAAAGAGUUUUAGAA